GCUAGGCUUGACGCGCUUGCAGGAUAAAGACAUAUUGAAAAGCGCACCGACUGGAACGCCCGAUGAUCGGUGUAACCACUCCGCAAAGAAGGCCCUUCCAUUCACGCGCAUGCUCGACCCUGUCCCACAGCUGUGGGCCGCCGGUCUGACCAAGGUGCCGCCCGUUCGAUAGGGGACCGUUGGUCUCUUCGCGUUCGCCGUGUGUGGAUCGGCAAUGACCAUGACCAGUGCGUCGCCUGUGCACGAAGUGGAACAAGAAACGGACGACCUGGAUGUCGAGCCCAAGCGACGGCUGUUCAUCGGCAAAAGGACCUCUAGCAAACCCCAAGGGAGCCCACAGACGAGGCAAAAGCGCACCUCACAAGUUGGCAACGUUGACAGUGCGCCCCAGACCCCAUCCAGCACACCGCAGCCUGCAAGCGUGAAGGUUUUCAAAGGCAGGCCUGGAAUUGAAGCGGUGCCCGUCACCGACCUGACCAUCGUGAUACCUACGCCUCGCACGAUUGCGUCAAUUCAAGAAGAAGGAGCCGCCCCUGCAACGAUCACGCCUCAGUCUCUGCAGCAUCGACAUCGAACCCCCGGGCACAGUUGCAGAGAUGCGACGAUCACAACGACAGACUCAUCUCCGUGCCUCUACCGCGUACCGUCUGCCCGUCACAGGCUACGGAAGCUGCUGCACCGGCACGCCAAAUCUGCCGCUACAAAUGAGUUCCUUUCGCACCCUGCUUCCGCAGAACUCCUCGAAUCUGAGCCGGUUGCACAUCGCAUGCUCGGUGCCGCAGCUGUCGCGCCGUCUUUUGGGGGCGAUGAAAGCGACGGCGAUACGGGCUCUGUGACAGUCCAAGGCCCAACGCUGUUGACAACCGUCCCAGUGAGCGAGCUGAUCGACGACUUGACGCCGCAAGCCGAGUGGGCCGAGUCCAAAUCUGGAAGCAAUAGCAAGUUCGCUUCACUCCCGCCCGUGCCUGUGCUCGUCCAAUCCACCACGGACGUCAAGUCAAUGGCCGUGGCGCUGCAAACGGAUGAGAUCCCUGCCGUGCAGCAAAAGCCGAAUAUCAAGGUUCGCAUCAUCACGUGGAACAUGCACGAGUCGGUACCCAGAGGCAACCUUGAGAGUCUCCUCGGCAAGGUCGGGCCGUACAUCGCCCCCGAGCCCGGGUGGGACCGUGCAGCGUCGAGCGACACCGAGUCGGAAAAGGACGACGCCGCUGCCGGGGUGGAGGAAAGUGCUGAGAGGAGAGCGGGCCGCCAGCGUGUGCGCGCAGAGCGAAGGAGGAAAAGAGGCAAAGUGGUCGUCGGACAGGAGGAGACCGUGCGCCAGGAUCGAAUACCGCCUUUGCCGUACGACGACAAGCACCCUUACCACGUUCUGAUCGUCGCGGGGCAAGAGUGCCCGUGGGGCGACGGAAACCGCCUCGCUACCGGCGUCGGUCUGGCAGGGGAGCUGGGCGACCUCAGUCGCAGCAAGAGCAAGGCGGUGCAUAAGAAGGAUAAAGAGAAAGGAAAAGACAGAGAGAGAGAGAAUAAAGACAAAGAGGGCACCACAGAGGGCGGAGAGCCGAUCUCAGCAACAUUAUCCGCAACCUCGACCACCGCAGAUGCGCAGAAGGCGCGUGAUUCCGACCCACUGACGCCAUCCGUCACUGCCUCCGACUUUGCGACUGGCAAAUCUGGCCCCGAUCUUUGUGCGUAUCCGUCGAUAACCGGCAAUGACAGCACGAGCGGCGCCGGCGGCGACUACUUGGCACUCCGCGCGAAUGCGGGGCCUGCACCUACCCUCAAAGGCUGGGGCGGCAAAGGCUGGAGUGACGUGUGUGAGGAGUGGUACUGCAAAGCCCCAGGUAGUGCAGUAACAGCUAGCGGUGUCGGUGCAUCGGCUUCGCGUAACGAAAUGCUUGGCACGCAUACUGGGGCGGUGUCCACUCCGAUUCCGAUCAGUCGCUCCAGCAGCCAUGUCGGGACGCCCUUGACUGAAUCCGGGGAUGCGUUGAGCCCUGAGGGCGCCGCCUCGUUUCCCCGUGGCAAAGGAAAGGAUGGCCUGCUUGCGAACGGGGUUGCCAAGUUGGCUGUGCCCACGCCGCCAUUUCCCAAACGCAACAAGAGCAACAUCAGCCCCACCGAAGGUGCAAUGGUUACUGCUCAAGCUGCGGUCGAGCAUCAGCCAGCCAGCGCGUCAGCGAAGCCGAAAGGCGAGCACCCAGAGACGAUCAAUCAAAGUGCAUUCGCUGAACCAAGGGCCUCGUUGUCAUCAUCGGUUUCGGCACCUUCCGUUGACCUCAGUAAGAAGAACUUCAAGCAGAACUUGCGGAUCGACAUAGCGGAACAUGUUCGGAGUAUCCAACCACAGACUGCCGAAGAUGGCACGCCGCUGGUGCUGGGCACGUAUGAGCUGGUCAUCAAAGAGCGAAUGAUGGGCUGCUACUUGGCCUGCUACGUCUGGCGUGGGUGCUUGGAUCGCGUGAGGGGUGUCAGCCGCGGGCAUGUCAAAAGCGGCCUUCUGUCAGGACGUGUGGGCAACAAGGGCGGAUGCGGCAUCAGCCUCAAGCUCGGUCAGACGCGUCUGUUAUUUGUCAAUGCGCAUUUGGCAGCACAUGAAGGCAGGGUGGCUACGCGCAUUGCCAACGUCGAAAAGAUCAAGGCGGAGCUGGAGCUUGAUACAUUUUUACCCGCUCAUGACCCGCGUAACGCGCUCAGCGAUAUCACGGAGAAGUUUGACCACACAUUCUGGUUUGGCGACCUCAACUUCCGCGUCGACAUCACACGCAAGCACGCCGACUGGCUCAUCAUGCAGAAGCGCUACGACGAUGCGCUCGAGUUCGACCAAUUGCGCAAGAUCAUGCGCGAAGGAGACGUGUUCAAAGGAUUCGAAGAGGCGCCAAUCGCGUUCCCGCCAACCUUCAAGUUUGACGUGAUCAAGACCGUCAAGCUCAAGCGUGCCAAGACCGGUCUGCGUGCGAUAGGCCAGUCGGCAGGCAGUAACCAGGGAAAGAGCGUGGAUGAUCUCAGUUUCGUCGCGCGAGACGCGAGCAAAGGCUCGAUGGAGAUGACGAGGGCCCGCGGGGAGUCGGUUACUGGUCAAUUUGAUACCGAUGCAGCCUCGUUGUCUUCCAUCUCUGGCUCGCAGCCGUCUAAUACCUGCAUGGAGGACUUUGCUGAUCAGCACCCUCUACCCAUGGACGACGAUGACCUCUACACACGUGAUGAUAUCAUCUCUGCUGAUGUACAUGCCAGGACGGUCGAGCGUGAGAAUGAGAAGAAAGCGCGUUCGGGAUUCAAGGGACUGCUGAAGAAGAUUGCCAAACGCGGUGAUCAGCCAGUGGGCACCCCAAAAGCACUUGCCUUCAGCGAGCCGGUCCAGCGUUCCGCCUCCGCUUCCACUUCAUCCUCCUCUGUGGACAUGCCAGCAUCGACACCUGCGCCCGCAUCGCUGCAGCAGGCGCGAGAAUUCGCGCUGGCCGAGGAUGCUUCUCAGAAUGGUACGGAGGGAGAACAGCCGUACGACACGAGUUCAAAGCAGCGCGUCCCUAGCUGGUGCGACCGGGUCUUGUGGCGCAGCAAUGUCGAAGCCAUCGACGAGGCGACAACGCUCGAAGGCAUCGGCCGGCGUAUGAGUGCCGCGUUCGCGAACGCGAUUCACAGUGCCAAGUCCCGAAAAGGUGUUACUCUGCAUUAUGGCUCCGAUCAGCUGGUAGAGCGCUCUAUGAACGCGCACGAAGCGCGAGCCCCGUCGACCGCAGGUCCAGCGAUAACGUCUGCGCUGAACUUUGCUAGUGAACAUUGGUCGUUUGGUGAUGCGUCUGACGCAGACAAGGCGGGCAAAUGCGCGCUGUCCAGAAUGCGCCUGCUUGCUCCGAGACGCUCCAAUUCGGCGGAUCACACGAGCCAUGUAAGCAAAGGGAUGCGCUUGGAUACGAAAGCUGCCGCUAGCGCGGUCGAUUUGCAUUCGCCUGCAUCGCACCAACCGGAUAAAAGCCCCGAAAGAACAGCGUCUCUGAGCUUCCGCAUAACACCGUUCGACGCGCCUCGACGCUCGUGGAGCCAAGGACGCAUCCGCAGUUCUGGAUCCGUUCCCUGUGUCUCAGCCCAAGAUGCAGCUGCGAAUGCCUCGGCGUCCACUGAGGAUGGUGCUGGAGAUGACAGGGGGAUUGUAGCGACUCGGCGAAGGACGGGGCGUAGCAUGUCGCUCAGUCAGUUGUCUGCCCACGCUGAAGAAGGCGCUCCAGAGCGGCGUGGCACGUGGUGGCAGGAGCACAUUUCACCAUUCCUACCUUCCUUCUUACAAGACGGCGGCAGUAGCGAUGUCACGGUCCCCGCUUCUGCCAAUGGAGCGAUAUCUGCGCUUUCACGCAAGCUUUCUUUUGCCCUCCCAUGGAUGUCCGGUGACUCGUCGAUGACGAACAUGGCUGGUACUGCUGCUGGUGGCGAUGACGGCCUACCUCAUCUCGUCGGACCCGACAAGGGCCAUGUGGAUUGCUUGCUCUACCGGUCGUUGGACGACAAGGAGAUGAGGCAACUAGAAGGCCGCAGCGACCAUCGACCUGUGGUCUUCGUGGCGUGCAUCGGCAUUUGAUUCGGUUAUACUCUUUCAUGAUUAUAGCCUCACGAUCCCCUUCCUCUCGAGCACGACGCCAUAUACAUACCCCACCUCGUACAUCUAACAUGACAGCAGUAGAAACUUAAUGAACCGAAGACUG